AUGUCGGUUUUAGUAACGGCAAUUAAUGAUGAAGUAGACAAUGAAGUGGAUAUUGAAGACGAACCAAUAAGACCGGAAGAGACAACAGCAAUACCAGCAAGCGAUGUUUUGCAAGAAGAAGUUGAAGAUGACAAUAAAGUACCUACGUCGCCCGAUUUUCGUACGAUUCAUAUGUUUAUCCAACCACCUAAGUCAGAAUUGAUUGCUGGAAAAGUAACAAAAAUGUUGAUUGGCACACGAAAUAAUGGUUCUCAAAAUUUCAUCGUUGAAACUAUUGAAGCAUCAUUUCGAUAUCCACAAGAUUUUACCUAUUAUAUACAAAAUUUUUCAACAAUUAGAUAUGAAAAAGUGUUAGAACCCGGUUAUGAGUCAACAUUUGAAUACACGUUUGUUCCGAGUGAAAGAUUUAAUUCACGACCAGUGGGUUUUGUGGUGUUACUUAAUUAUCGAAAUAGUGAAGGAAAACGCUUUCAGAAUGAGGUGUUUAAUAAUACGAUUAAUUUUGUUGAAGCUGAAGAAGGAUUCGACGGAGAAACAUUCUUUUUAUAUGUAUUUCUUGGCGGUGUUUUCUUAUUAUUAGCUGUAUUGGCCUAUCAAUUCUUUGUAUCGUGGCGUCCAAAACGCGGUUCAAGUAGACAAACAGCAAAUACCGCACAAACAACAAAUCAGACAAAAGGAAACUAUGAUUUAGAUUGGAUACCAAAACAUCACUUAGUACAAAAUCGUUCUCCAAAAAAAAGUCCACGUCCACGUAAAUCGCGACAGUCAGCACAAACUGGAGCACCAGUGUCAAGUGAAAACGAAGAUUAG